ACCAUGCCUCUUCCUUGGGAGGCCUUGAUCCCGUUCGGGCUUUUGACUACAAUGUUCGCUGCUGCGGGCACUUUGUUGAACGUGUCACAGCGUGCACAGAACCUUGGGAAGCCUCCAAGGUACCAUAUUGAUGAUUGGGACGAGAUGAUGAUGGAGAGGGACAAGAGGUUAUCAGGCCAUAGACGAGGCCAACGGACGGACCCUAUCGCUCCUGAAAACUUCUCGACAAAUAGUGUUUGGUACACAGACAAGACGAAGUAGAUGCGAUAGAUCUUUGUUUCUGCCAUCCGUCUUUGCUAUGCUAUGCAUGCUAUGGCACACGAACAGACCAAACAGACCAAACAAA